GAGCCGUGCGGACGCGCGGCCCCUCCCGGCCCCUCCCGGCCCCCGCCCCGCUCAGCAUGUCUCGGACCCCGCCGCCCCUCCGCCCGCGCGGCGGGGACCCGGGGCCGCGGCGGCGGGCGCUGCCCUGACGCGCUGCGCACGGAGGGAGCGAGGGAGGCGGCGCGAUCGCGGCCGGGCGCGGGGAGCCCGGGGGAGCCCGGCCGGCCAUGCGGAGGGAGGAGCGAGACGCCAAAGCCGUGCGGCCGGCCGACGGGGCCGCCGCGCCCCCCGAGGGGCAGAGGAACGGCUACGUGAAGGGCUGCGUGAGCCCCCUGCGGCGGGACCCUCCGCGCGGCUUCCUCUUCCACCUCUGCCGCUUCUGCAACGUGGAGCUGCUGCUGCCGCCGCCCCCCGGCUCCCCGCGCCCGACCUGGAGGGCGCGCCUGGCGCCGGGCGCGCUGGCCGCCUUUGUCCUGGCGCUGCUGCUCGCGGGCUCGGACCCCGACGGCUGGGCGCCGCGGGGCCUGCGGGGCGUGUGCGGCGUGUGCGGCGGCGGCCUCGGCGCGCCCGUGGGCAUCGCCGGCGCCUUCUUCUUCCUCACCUGCUUCCUGACGCGCGCGCAGCGCGGCGGCGGCGCCCCCGGGGGCUCGUGGCGGCUGCUGGCGCUGCCCGCCUGCUGCUCCCUGGCGGACGCGCUGCUGGGCCCCGGCCCCGGCCCCGGCCCCGGCCCCGGCCCCGGCCCCGGCCCCGCGGGCGCCCCGGGCGCGCACUCGCCCCCCGGCGUGGCGGCCAGGCUGCUCCUGGUGCUGAGCGGCGCGGGCUUGCUGGCGCUCGCGCGGCCGCUGCGGCCCCGGCACGGCGGCCUGGUGCUGCCCCUGGCGGGCGCGGUGGGCUGGGUGUCCCUCCCCGGGCCGCGCCCGCUGCUCGGCUGCCUGGCCGGGGGCGCCGGCUGCCUGCUCGCCCUGGGCUGGGAGCGCUUCUGCCGCGGCGGGGAGGCGGCCCCGCACCCCGCGCGCCCGGCCGGCGCCGCCGCGGACGACAAGGUGCCGGUGAUCCGGCCGCGCCGCAGGUCCAGCUGCGUGUCGUUCGGGGAGAGUCCGGCCGCUCACUACGGCGGCUGCAAAGUGUCCAGGAGGCCCUCGCUGCCUUGCAUCUCCAGGGAGCAGAUGAUUCUUUGGGAUUGGGACUUAAAGCAAUGGUAUAAGCCUCAUUAUCAGAAUUCUGGAGUAGGAAGCGGAGUUGGCCUUUCAGUGCUGAAUGAAGCUCGGAAUAUGGUGUCUGAUCUUCUGACUGACCCCACCCUCCCCCCCCAAGUCAUUUCUUCUCUGAGGAGUGUCAGCAGCUUGAUGGGCGCUUUCUCAGGGUUCUGCAGGCCGAAGACGAACCCGCUCACACCGUUUCCUGGAUUGUACCCCUGCUCAGAAGCAGAGGACCCAGGAGAUCGAAGAUUCCACAAGCAGGGACUCAACAAUAGGAAUAGUCUGCCUUCUCCUCAGCUGAGGAGGGGCUCGGGAACAGCAGGCCCACCACUCACAGAACAGACUUCUUCACGGUGGGAGCGCAGCAAUGGCAAGAAACCUCCCCAGGAGGUCGGCACCUCAAGUCAAGGAUGCUAUUUAAAUGGGCCUUUUAGUUCAAAUCUACUGACAGUCCCGAAGCCGAGGUCAUCUUCUUUAUCACUGUCUCAUCACACAGGGCUAAGAAGAGUGGGUGCUUUAUCCAGCCUGAGCCCUGUGACUUCUCUCAGCCAUGGACCACUGUCUCCUGGCUCACUGACAAAUCGAUCACCUAUAGAAUUUCCUGACAUUGCUGAUUUUCGUACUAAGCCAGGCGUUACUUUGCAAAGAUCACUGAGCAGUACAACCAGUCCACCAGAUUUUUAUCAGCAGCUUGGAAAUUCUAAUAGUAAUUUAUGUAACAGCUGUGGACAUCAAAUACUGAAAUAUGUUUCGACACCUGACUCGGAAACUAGUACAGAAUGCCACACUGGAAAACUAGGUGAAGAAGACACGGCCACUUGCUCGAAAGAAUCCUUCAACCUGACAGAAGCUCUACACGAGGAGGAAACAGAGGAGAAAGACUGCACCAGUUUAUUUCUGGAAGUUGAUAAUUUCCUAGCAGAAGAGGCCCAGGACGAACAGAGACCAAAUGCUGGACAGGCAGCAUCAGCAGACCUAAUAUUAACAGAAGAUUAUGACUCAUUAAUAGAAAAGAUGAGUGACUGGAAUUUUCAGAUUUUCGAACUUGCACAAAAGAUGGGGGAGAAGUCAGGAAGGAUCCUCAGUCAGGUCAUGUAUGCCUUAUUUCAAGACACUGGCUUACUGGAAACAUUUCAAAUUCCAACUCCACAAUUCAUCAACUAUUUUCGUGCAUUAGAAAAUGGUUAUCGAGACAUUCCUUAUCACAAUCGUAUACACGCCACAGAUGUCCUUCAUGCAGUUUGGUACCUGACAACAAGACCGGUUCCUGGCUUACAACCGAUCCACAGUGAUUACAGGACAGGAAAUGAAACAGCUUCUGAUGGUAGGACUAACCCGGGAAGAGCCGCUUACAUUUCUUCAAGGAGCUGCUGCCUUCCGGAUGAGAGCUAUGGCUCCCUCUCGUCCAACAUUCCUGCUCUGGAGCUGAUGGCUCUCUACGUGGCGGCCGCCAUGCACGACUACGACCACCCGGGGAGGACCAACGCGUUUCUGGUGGCUACAAACGCCCCUCAGGCAGUUCUGUACAACGACAGGUCUGUUCUGGAAAAUCAUCACGCCGCAUCUGCUUGGAACUUGUAUCUUUCUCGCCCAGAAUACAACUUCCUCCUUAAUCUUGAUCAUGUGGAGUUUAAGCGUUUUCGUUUCCUAGUCAUUGAAGCAAUCCUCGCCACAGAUCUUAAAAAGCAUUUUGAUUUCCUUGCCGAAUUCAAUGCUAAGGCCAACGAUGUGAAUAGCAAUGGCAUAGAGUGGAGUAAUGAGAAUGACCGCCUCUUAGUAUGCCAGGUGUGCAUCAAACUGGCGGAUAUCAAUGGCCCAGCCAAGGUCCGGGAUUUGCAUUUGAAAUGGACAGAAGGCAUUGUCAAUGAAUUCUAUGAACAGGGAGAUGAAGAAGCAAAUCUUGGCCUGCCCAUCAGUCCCUUCAUGGAUCGUUCUUCUCCUCAGCUGGCAAAACUCCAGGAAUCUUUUAUCACCCACAUAGUGGGUCCCCUGUGUAACUCCUAUGAUGCUGCCGGCUUGCUGCCUGGCCAGUGGAUAGAAGCAGAAGAUGACAAUGACACUGAGAGCUGUUACGAGGAAGAUGGGGAAGAACUAGAUUCUGAGGAUGAAGAAGAUAAUCUAAAUCCUAAACCACAAAGAAGGAGAGGCAGACGGCGAAUAUUUUGCCAGCUGAUGCACCACCUCACAGAAAACCAUAAGAUCUGGAAGGACAUCAUAGAUCAAGAAGAGAAAUGUCAAGCUGAUGGGAGCAAGCUGCAGGCGGACGGCUCCCCCUUACCUCAAGUGGAUGACAUUCAGGUCAUUGAAGAAGCGGAUGAAGAGGAAGAGAGACUGUGAGUGAAGCGUCGUCCUUCACUCCAAAGAAGCCCUUGGCCGGACGCUCGCUGCGCUGACUCUGAACUGACCGUCCAGGGUGGGUGGACAGGCCUUACUACUGAGAGGAUCCGCUCCUGAGCACUUUCACCCCACCAACUAGCCACGUUUUCUUAGAGUUUGGCUUCCGCUAACUCCUAUUUCAGACUCUCGACUUACUGCCUCCCCUGCUGCGUGAAUGCCUCCCCAUAGCACCACUUUGCUAGGUAAGCUACGUCUCACGGGGGUUAACUGUAACUCAGAAACUCAAGUCACAAUCUACUUUCCAUAGCGGGCCAGGACCUUGUUUUCAUUAAAAAAAAAAAAAAAAGUUCCUAUUAUAAUUCCAAAGUGAUCUUUUCUAAGAGUCUUUGAAAUGCUUUGAGGGGAAAGGCUGGUGUGUGACUACAGAGGGCUCCCAGCGCUGCUUCUUGGAGGACCCGCUCACUGCACCACACUGUUCAGGGCAGUUCUCCCAGUGGGGCGCAUCCGGAGAGGACCGAGUGACCUUCGUUGACUUAAAUUCAGGUGCACCGAUUCCUGCCGCUUCUUACUGUUGUCUGUCAUCUACAACAUUUGUUUUAUGUCUGCCCGGGUAUUCAGGUUUGUCGUGGACACUGGAAGUCUGCGUCUACUCUUACAGACUUCAUAGUCCAUGGCUAAAUUUUAAAGCUAUUCAGGUUUAAUAGUGAAAGACUUUAUUCUUUAGUCAAAACUGUUGCUAUUUUUACUCUUGGUCAGGAUUAAUAUUUUUUAACUUUCAUUACUAUCGACAGCAUAGGCUUGUGAGAAAAAAAAAUCCUAAUAAACACCUUUUAUGAAAAAUAAGCAUUGUUUUUCAGCUGUGAGACUAAUUAUAAUAAAAUAAAUUCUGUCAGAAAUGAGAAAAAGAAAAACAGUGUGAAGCUCGAAAGGACACAUAGAUUGAAUCAGUGUAGAAACGCUUGUUUAUCUCGAGAUCCAAUAGCCUGUGUGUCAUGUAUUUACUUACUUCCUGGGAAGUCCAUGCUCAUCUUUCUGUCAUUCCUUCUGCCUCAACCCUUCAUGACUAAAAUGACUUGUGACUACUUAGAGCCCCACUGCUUGACUUCUGAGAUAAAAUGAAUGGUGUGAAGACUUAAAUUUUAUAUAAUGAAUCUAAGUAUUUUAGCAGAUCAUUUCACACAAAAGUACAUUGUUAAAGAACUACAUUAAGAUACUUGCAAAGAAAAUGGACCAUAUUUACAAGAUUUUGUUACUUUGAGUUCAGAUAUAUACCCUACUUCUAAGAAGUAUCUGAAGGGAGUUGGGCAGUAGUGCAGUGGAUUAAGUGCAGGUGGCACAAGGACCAUAGUAGGGAUCCUGGUUCGAGCCCCCAGCUCCCCACCUACAAAGGAGUCGCUUCACAAGCGGUGAAGCAGGUCUGCCGGUGUCUGUCUUUCUCUCCCCCUCUGUCUUCCCCUCCUCGCUCCAUUUCUCUCUGUCCUAUCUAACAAUGACAUAAAUAACAACAAUAAUAAUAACUACAACAACAAUAAAAAACAAGGGCAACAAAAGGGAAAGUAAAUAAAUAUUUAAAAAAAUUUAAAAAGAGUUAGAGGAGUUUUUGUCUUGUAUAGGAUUGUACUAUUGAGUGAGUAAGCUUAAUUUAUUAGACACAUUCCGAGUCCCUUCCUGCCACUUUCACUAUAAUUGCCAUUAUGUGUAGACUGGUUCCCCAUUACUAACGAGUAAAAUCUUAACUGAUUUACUGA